GGAGUGCUUAUGUGCACAUGGACAUUGAGGAGGUACGUGAUUACGAGUCUGUUAAGGGAGCUAUUCUCAGGAAAUAUGAUAUCAACCCAGAGACUUAUCGACAGAGAUUCCGCUGGACAGAGGUUGAAGCGGGUGAGACUCCUAAAGAGCUAUAUGUCAGGCUAAAAGAGCUCUACGACAAAUGGAUCCACCCCCAAGGUAAAACUGUUAAAGACUUGGCGAAAUGAUUGUUUUAGAGCAGUUUCUUCAUAUGCUGUCCCCUGAGCUUCAGGUUUGGGUUCGGGAACAUGACCUUCCAUCUGCGUCCAAGGCUGCUUCAUUAGCAGAGGUGUUUGUCGCAGCAAGACGAAAAGGACAACCCUGGAGUUACACUGCUUGGAAGACUUCCAAAGAGAAGGAUAAUCGGAGAACCCCAUAUGGACAACCUCAAUUCCAAUCAGAAAUGGCUACGGCAGGUAAGGGUCCCUCGAGGGACCUUCGCCCAGAUGGGGUGUUUCCUAAACAAUAUAAAGAACCUAUCUGCUAUUUGUGCGGACUGCCAGGUCAUACUAAACCUAUGUGCCCCAAGAACACUGCUAAAACCACUCAACUGUGUGUUGUUCCAGCAGAAGGAAAGGAAAACCUAAAGGGUGCUCUACCAUUACAAGUUACCAAAGUGGAAGUAAAUGGGAGGAGUGUGGAAGCUUUGAUUGACACCGGUAGUGUUCAGACACUAGUGGAAAGAACCCUGGUCCCACAUUCCCUUGUUAAUGUGUUAGACACCAUUCCUAUCCAAUGUGUGCACGGUGAUAAGCGGAGGUAUCCUACUGCCGACCUGUAUAUCAAAGUUCAAGGACAAGUUCAUUUGCUGAGAGUUGGAGUGUUAAACAGCCUUCCUUUUCCAGUGGUGUUGGGUAGUGACUUACCAAUCCUGUUUGACUUGAUUCAGGCUCCAUUGAACUGUGCUGUGGUUACACGCUCUCAGGUGAGGCAGAAGGAGGAGACACUUCUGCCUCUUAGUGCGCUGCCCUUCUUCGACGCUGAGCUGGAUGUGCAGCCUGGGAAACUACGCAAGUCCCGUCAGCAGCGGAGGCGGGAGAAGUUUCUACAUACUGCGAGGAUGUCUAAGGAGGACCUGAUAGAGGUACCACAGGGUUUCACAAUGCCUUCAAGGAUGGCCCAGAUGCAGCAAGAUGAUCCUGAACUAUCUGAACUCAUUCACAGGGCCAGGGGAGAUGAGAGUGGUGAGCACAAGGGCUGUGCUGAGUAUGUUUUACAGGAUGACAUUUUGUAUCGGCAACAAGCAGUACAGAGGCAGCUGGUGGUCCCACGAGAGGCACGAGAGAUGGUGCUGGAAUUGGGUCAUGCUAUUCCUUGGGCUGGCCACCUGGGGAAGCAGAAGACAUGGGCCCGUAUUAAACGCCAUUUCUACUGGCCUGGUCUGAGGUCCGAUGUUGCCCAAUUUUGUAAAACAUGUCCUGAGUGUCAACUAGCAUCCAACCAAUGCCCUCCAAAGGUACCAUUGCAACCACUUCCUCUUAUCAACACUCCUUUUGAGCGUCUGGGAAUGGAUAUGGUGGGACCCCUUGAGAAGAGUAAGACGGGUUAUCGCUAUAUGUUGGUAAUUACAGACUAUGCAACCAGAUACCCUGAGGUAUUUCCUCUAAAGACGAUGAAAGCAAAAGCAGUGGCUCUUUCCUUGGUGCAGCUGUUCUCACGGGUGGGUUUCCCUCGUGAAAUUGUGACUGAUCAGGGCACUAACUUCAUGUCUACUUUAUUGCAGCAGGUGUACCAACUACUGGGGAUCAAGGGGAUCCGAACUACCCCUUAUCAUCCCCAGACUGAUGGUUUAACCGAACGAUUUAACCAGACUCUAAAACAAAUGCUGCGGAAGUUCGUUGAUGAAACUGGUUCUGACUGGGAUCAAUGGUUGCCUUACCUUCUCUUCGCCUACAGGGAGGUACCCCAAGCCUCAACAGGCUUCUCUCCUUUUGAACUUUUGUAUGGGCAUGAGGUGCGGGGACCUCUGGCUUUAUUGAAAGAGACCUGGACUGGGGAGGAGAGAGGGGAGGGGCCUGUUAAUGUGAUCUCUUAUGUUUUGCAGAUGAGAGAGAGGUUACUGAAAAUGACAACUUUAGCUCAGCAGCAUCUGGCUGAAGCCCAAAGGUACCAGAAGCGUUGGUAUGACAAGUCUGCACGGGACAGGGACUUUCUACCAGGGCAGAAGGUCCUAGUCAUGUUGCCAACCCGUGAAAGUAAGCUUCUGGCUAAAUGGCAGGGGCCGUAUGAGGUGGUGAAACGGCUUGGGCCUACCACGUACGAGGUAUGUGACCCUUGUAGGUCCCGUUCGAAGAGAGUGCUGCAUGUGAAUCUGCUUAAGGAAUGGACACCCCGUUCUGUAACAGGAGCAGGUGUGAUGUUGAUCCGAGCAGUAGCAGAGGAGGAGGAUGUCGAUGACCAGUACAUGCCCUCUCCAUCCUCUACAGUUUGUAAUCUUAGUCACCUGACCAUGGAACAGCAAAACCAGAUAAAAAUGGUGUGUCACCCUCAAGUUUUUGCUGAGUAUCCAGGGCGCACAGACAUUCUUGAACACAACAUUGUGUUAAAACGGGAUGCAGUUGCUAAACGCAUGAGCUAUAGAAUCCCUGAGCGUCUCCUGGGUUCCCUUAAGGCAGAAGUGGAACUGAUGCAGUCCCUUGGUAUUAUUGAAGACUCCAAGAGUGAGUGGUGUAAUCCUGUGGUUUUGGUCCCUAAGAAGGAGGGGGGAAUACGCUUUUGCAUUGACUUCAGGUAUCUGAAUUCGGUAUCAAAGUUUGAUGCCUACCCCACACCACGUAUUGAUGAUGUGAUUAACAGAUUGGGAAAAUCCAUGUUCCUGAGUACCUUGACUUGUGUAAAGGUUAUUGGCAAGUGCCACUUUCCCAGGAGUCAAGGGAAUUCACUGCCUUCCGGACCCCAUGGGGCCUGUUUCAGUUUGCAGUUUUGCCGUUUGGGUUGCAUGGGGCACCUGCUACAUUUCAGCGGCUGAUGGAUGAGGUUCUGAGAGGUUGUGAAGACUAUGCAUGUGCUUAUUUAGAUGACAUUGUUAUCUUCAGUAGGUCAUGGGAGGAUCACAUGAAGCACCUACAAUCCAUUCUGAGUCGCCUCCGAGAUGCUGGGCUCACGGUGAACCCCUCCAAAUGCGUGUUGGCCCGCCGUGAGGGCUGCUCUACUCACGGACAUGACGGGAUCAAAGUAUCCCAAUGUCAUCCAGUGGACAGAGAAGGCCAUGGCAGCGUAUCGAGACAUGCAACAUGCUCUUGGUAAGGAGUCUGUCCUCAAAUGUCCUGACUUUGAUGAACCGUUUGUUUUGCAGACGGAUGCCUCUGACAGAGGUAUUGGUGCAGUCCUCCUCCAAGGUCGUGAGAAUCUGCAUCCAGUGGCUUUUAUUAGCCGUAAGUUGUUCCCUAGGGAGGUGAAAUAUUCAACGGUGGAGAAGGAGGCCUUGGCCAUUAAAUGGGCCUUGGACUCUUUGAAGUUUUACCUGCUUGGCAGAGA